AUGCCUUCUGCCCGUGGCAAAGCCAAAGACACCAGCGAGCGGUCGCGCACCAACAAGCGCGGCAAAAAAGCGCAGAAUGCGACAGCGAAGGGAGCACGAAACGUCGCGGGUGGCACUGAGAUUCCGCAGGACAGCCGCGCGCGAGACAAGGACAUUAGCGAGGAGGAAAGCAAACUCUGGGACUCGAUGACCACCGAGUGGGACGAAAUCAGCCCGGCGAGGCGGCUCGAGUUGGAUAGGAGGGCACGCGAUGCGUUUCUGGGGACGAUGAAGUUCGACAUCAUCGAGACGAAGACGGAUGCUAUCGUUCCCCGCUUCGGCAUGUACAACGAUCGGCCCCUCGACAGGGGAGCCAUGUCCCGGCUGAAGGCGAACAUCACGAACCGUCACGCUCAUGGUUUCCAAACCGACUCUCACCUGAUAUUCGCCGUGGCCACGCGCGACCUCAUUCGCGAUCCAGCCCCUGUCGGGAGUGAGCUUCUCGGGUCGGACCUUCCGGAAUUCGACCUCCAAGACAGCGUGGAGCCUCGGUCGGUACUCGCGCUUGCUGGACAACACCAUAUCGGACCGCAAACGAGCUCGGCAUCAGAGGGAGCGAAGUCGUCGAGUGAUGAUGUCGAUCUAGACACCAUGGAUGAUCUCGAACGUCGGAUGGAGGAGGUACGAUGGUGGGGUGUGCGAUUGUACGACCUCAAGAAGAUUCAGUCGGAUGAAGAGCUUGCGGAUCAUCUGUCGCGCAACGAGUCCAAGGUUCAACACUCGGAGACGGAGGAAGAGUCGCUGGUCCAGAAGUUGAACCGAAUCCGCAGCAUCCUAGCAGACCUCGGAAUGGCAGAGUUCAUGAAGAAGCACCAGUCGCUCACCUUGUCGAAGCUGAAGCUGAAUAUCAACUCGUCGAUGUCACGGAUCAUCAUGAACGUCUACAUGCUCCUCAUGGUCCUCUCGAUGACGCGACAUGGGUCGCACUUUAGGGCUCAGCCGGAGUUCCGAGUGUCGUGGCUGAAGAACCUCAGCGAUGCUCACGGGACGAUCUUCAUGUCGCAGCUGCUUUCAUGGAUCUUCAUACGACAGUCUGAACGCAUGGCUUUGGUCGACUGCGUCUACACCGGGAGAUCUGAGCAGAGAGCCGACGCGACAGAUGAGGCAUCUCGCGCCGACAACCCCAGCAAUGCCGAGAACGUCGGCGACAUCGAGGUCGUUCGUGGCGACGCCUGGCCCUCUUUCCAGACAAUGAGGAGUGCGUUGGGUACGUCCAAGUCGGUUGCCCCUUACCCCUACACUGCCGAGGAGCUGGCGAUACUCGCUCGCAACUUUUCCCUGGGUGAACGACGAUUCCAGGGCAUAUUCCACGACGACGCGAUCAUGGAAGCCCUCGACGAUGCGUAUGUAGACGCGUUCCGAGGUGUCGACAACAUGUUUAUGAUGCUUGGAAUCGACAUGCCCGAGUAUUGUUCCGCACUCGCCACCUACCGCAUCGCCGUUGUGGCCCUCCUCCGCGAACACUUCCCCGUCGAGGACGCCGAGUUAACCAAGUCCUAUCGAGUGCCCAAGGAGCAGCGCAGGCUUUCCAUAGCGACUCGAAACUACGACCAGCUGCUCUCUCGGGUGCUCUACAGUUUGUCGGAACGCGAUGACGGCGGAAACUUGAAGCCCUUACCAUUCCUCACGAUCAGCGUCUUCCGGGACCUCCACAGGGCAUUCAGCCAGACACCUUUGGCUUUCAAAGAGGUUGCUGGUUGGUUCGAGGGGCUCCAUUGGUACUACCGCGGCUCGAACGCCGCAACGCAAGACUUCAACGACGCGACCAAUGCCAUCUUCAUUGCUGCGAACAGAUGGAGGGCGGAAGAAUUGAACGCAGCCCAGCAUCAUACUAUCCUGGAUAGGUAUGACAAUAUUGCCGACGUAUUCAUAUUGGGAAAGGCGCACCUCAUGCCUGACCUCGAGCACAGCAUGUCGGACAUCACCAUCCAUAGGCCGACAAACAAGCAGGCGCUCAAGGCGAUCGUCGCGUCGGGGGCUGUGUAUAAGAACAAACAGCUCAUUCUGCCUAAAUCCGACUCUGUUGUCGUUAAUCCGGCGGCGCUGAGGUUCUGGAACGGCAUGGGUGGGCUGUACUCAAUCACAACUCAUCAUAAUGCGUUGCUACUCAAGGUCGGGGUUAAGCCCCUCCCGAGGAAUGGGUAUCCGACGGAGUAUCCAGCCAAUCCUUUGGGAUACCGACUCAUUCGCAGUGGCACCUCUAGAGACAUCCUCCGAACGGCAACUAGCAUGAAGGAAGUCAGGAGCUACGAGUGGCUGUACGCUGCGGCGGUUGUUGAGGAUUCCAUCAUUCGCACCUAUCGCACGAGCAAAGUCUUGGGCAUCUUGCCCAGCAAUCUACGGUUUCUCUUGCGAGAGGCGAUGAAUAUCUACAGCCACGUCGGACAGCCUGACGACGACGACGAUCCGUUUGCGACUAUGGGGACCUAUUUUGCGUUCUGGGACCAGCCCACGGAGCCUGACGACUUCGUAAUGAAUGAGGAGAUCUGGCAUAGCGUGACCAUCGAGGACAUCGUGGAGAAAGUCGGAUUGCUGCAGGUAGCGUCCAGCAUGCAGCUGGAGCGAAAGCAGCUGUGCGACCUGGUUGCCACGCUCGAGGCCAGCCCCCUUGGAAAGUAUCGUGUACCGGAUACUGGGAACCCAAAGCGGACUGCACCGCUGUCGAGGGAGUGGUCGUUAGCUAUGGAUGCAAUAGUACAGGCAGCCAUUCAGACAUGCACCAGACGACGUCUCUGGAAGGAAGGAGAAUCAGAGAGUUUGCCCUUCGACAGAACAACGGUAGAUUACGAGAUGCCAUCGCUCGUGUCGGAGGUUCACACCCACAGAAAAAGCGUCGGGCCUAUAUUCAGACUUCAUGGUGUGCUAGUGAUCGAUGACGAGGAGGAGAAAGCAAAGGCCAAAAAGAAGUCGGAGGCGUCAGGAUCGACUAGCAAGAGAGAGGAGAACGCAGGGAUCCAAGUCGACGCUAAGCCCAGUGGCGACAACUCGAAGCCUGAGCCGAUGAAGGGAAAGCGCAAGUCGGGGCCUCCCAAGUCGCGUGCCAUCAUCUUGGACAGUGACGAGGACGCUCCCUAUGAACUGGAUCCAGAGGUCGACGACACCUUCGACAACGCACUUGCGACGCAGACCUUCAUACCCACUCCAGAUGACGAUGAAAUCAUGAGCAUCCCAGACAGUGAGCAUGUUGAAGUACUAGAGACACCGGCGAAUGCGCCACAGGCACCCCGUCAUGUCGAGACCCGUCCGACAAAGCCACAGCCCCAGGCCGAUCUCCCAGUGACGCCUCCACGACGUGAGAACACGUCGGCAGCGGGACCUCGAGACAAGUCUUCCGGAUUUCAGCCACGUAAGAUGACGGGUUCAUCGGGAACGUUUACGGUGUUGGAGCCAGGCAAGCCAGGUGCUCAUUAUUAUUGCUGGUCUCAUCCUUUGGAUUUGGUGCGAUCGGAGAAUGUGGCGUGCAUGAACGUACGCGUUGCAGGACUCUACGACUUUGAUGCGCCGUCUACUGAGGAGCCUCCCAGUGCGGCUGCCAUUGCACGGGUGCUACAGAGCGUGAAGGCGAGGAUAAUUCCUGUUGAGGGACACCGCCGUGAGCGAGCUGCGGAGCCAGAGACGAUCGAUCUAGACGCUACGACCGACGAUGAGCCACCGCGGCCAGUGGAAAGAAAGGUCGUGAAGAACAUGAAGCCCAAGGCUGACCUCUCUGCUAAUGCCGAUGCGAAGCCCUCUGCAGGAGGAGGCAAGAAGGCCCGCGACAGAGUACCUCCUCCAGCGCUGCGUCCGCCACCGCGACUCAGGCGUCGACAUCAUCGACCGUUCCCGCCAAACGUCAAUCCAAUGCGGCGGAUGCAGACGGUCGGGCCGAGAAGAAGGCCAAGGUGGCGGCCCCAGCGCCCCCAGGAAGUCGGCCGACACAUCGAAGGCGAAGAACGCUGGUUCGGCUUCCAAGAAACCGAGCGCGAAGAAAACACAGCUAACCGAGAUCAAGGCAAAAGUCUUCAGGAUGAUUCGGAGGACGAGGAUGAAUACGGUGCCAAGAAGUUCAAUCCCAUCGUCAAGGGCGCGACGAAGCCGUCUGGAAGCCGUCCGCGUCCAUCAGAGACAAGUGGGCAGAACCUCAAGAUGGUUUCAGAUGCAUAA